GCUUCCUGUUUGAGGCGUUUAAAGGGUGGCUGCUGCUACCUUGACGUAUGAAAAGCCGUUUGUCCCUUCAGGAAAGUGAUUCUUGGCUGUGAACCUAAACUCCAGCAUGUCGCCUCCGUCUCGGCGGCUUCAGACGAAGCCAGUGAUCACCUGCCUGAAGACUUUCCUCAUUUCUUACAGCCUCAUUUUCUGGUUCACAGGUGUGAUCCUGCUGGCUGUCGGGGUUUGGGGGAAGGUCAGCCUGGAGGCCUACUUCUCCCUCGUCGCUGAGAACAGCACCAACGCGCCGUACGUCCUGAUCGGGACCGGAGCCAUCAUUGUUGUCUUCGGGCUGUUUGGCUGCUUCGCCACAUGCCGAGGAAGCCCAUGGAUGCUCAAACUGUACGCCAUGUUUCUGACUCUGGUCUUCCUGGCCGAGCUGAUAGCAGGAGUUUCAGGUUUCAUCUUCCGUCACGAGAUCAAGGAUAAAAUCGGCAAGGCUUACGAGAGCGCAGUGGAGACGUACAACGGCACAGAUGACAAGAGCAAAGCAGUCGACACCCUGCAGAAAAAGCUGCAUUGCUGCGGCAUGAAGAAUUUCUCUGACUGGGGGAAAACGCACUACUUUGAAACUCACGGGAUUCCUGAGAGCUGCUGCAAAACCAGCAGCAACUGCACUAAAGAGAACCUGAAAAACCUGGGAAGCGCUGGCACAGUGGUGUUCCCUCAGGGCUGCUUUUCACUGGUGACCAGCAUGUUGGAGUCCAACCUAGGAGUUAUUGCCGGCGUCUCCUUUGGGAUUGCUUUCUUCCAGGUCAUUGGGAUUUUCCUGGCCUGCUGCUUGUCUCGUUACAUAACCAACAACCAGUAUGAGAUGGUCUAGCAGUCACCUGUCACAGGUGACUGCUGGGCAGCUGCAAACUGAGCUCAGAUUUUAAUGUUGUAUAAAUGUCCUAGUUUCAGUUUUAGGGAGCAAAACUGGCAGCUUCUGCUUUUACUGUCUCACCAGCAGAGCGAACGCGUUACAGGGACGACACCUGACCAAAACAAAGGGACCUACAUGUUUCUGUUACUCACUCCAGUUUGGCUGUCAUUAUGUAGUUAACUUAAUAUUUGUGUUUUCUGUCCUUCAACUGCCUUGUUUUUCACUAAUAAGCUUGAUCUAGUGUAUAGAAAAUCUUCAGCGCCACUUGUGUCUUUACAUGUGAAUCUAAUGGGAGACGGAGAGAUCGCUGCUGUGGAUGAAUUAUGUGGAAGAGAAACGGUGUGUGGGCCAGUGCUGAUGAACAGCAGCCAUUAUGUGCCAGUCCAGCCGCUUCGAUGACUCUGUGUUCAGUGUUGAUGUUCUUUGGAUGCAUGUGGAAAAAAUAAAGAUGAAAUCUGGUAUCUUUGA